AUGCAACCAUCAUUUUUCAAGUCUUCCCACAAGAAGAAACAUCCUCACAGUCACAGUACUAUUCCUCAUUCCGGCAACCCACGCUUUCUCUCCGUCCUCACUGCCACCGCCGUCGUCAUCAUUCUUUUUCUCUUCUACUCCCGGCGGACACUCGUGUCCAAUAACCCCUGCUCCGACGACACCCCGCCCCUCACGGCAGCCCAAGCCAUCAUCGCGGCGGAGUUCGACACAUUGGCAACCCCCCUCGUCGCCAUCCUCCACUACGCGACGGCACGUGAGGUUCCCCAGCAGUCCAAAGGAGAAAUCCGGCUAACCUUCGAAGUUCUCCAAUCCCUCGCGCCAUGCAACUUUCUCGUCUUCGGAAUCGGUCACGACUCACUCAUGUGGGACUCGUUCAAUCCACAUGGCACCACGCUGUUUCUCGAGGAGGAUCCUAAGUGGACAUUCUCUGCCCUCAAGCGCUUCCCUAUCCUACGCGCCCACACUGUGCUUUACCCCACGCGCCUCUCCGACGCCAACUCACUCCUCUCCUCCUACAAGAAGGAUUGCCGAGACGGCAUUCUCAAGGGCAACCGGCAGUGCCAUCUAGCACUGAGUGAGCUGCCCGACGAAGUGUACGGCCGUGAUUGGGACGUGAUUAUGAUUGACGCGCCAAGAGGGUACUUUGCGGCGGCACCUGGGAGGAUGGCAGUGAUAUAUUCCGCGGCGGUGAUGGCGCGUGGGAGGAAAAGGUCAGGUGUGACGCACGUGUUCCUUCAUGACGUGGAUAGAGAGAUUGAGCGAAAGUACGCGAAGGAAUUUUUGUGCAUGAAAUAUAGGGUUGGUGGUAUUAAGAGGCUUUGGCACUUUGUUAUCCCACCCGCUGUUAAUGUCAAUGAUACCACUCAUGGUUUUUGCUAA